AUGGCUACCGACAAGAUCACCUUCCUGACCAACUGGCACGCUACUCCGUACCACGCCCCCCUCUACCUCGCCCAGGCUAGAGGCUACUUCAAGGAUGAAGGUCUCAAGGUGGCUCUCCUCGAGCCCAACGACCCUUCCGAUGUGACCGAGAUCAUCGGUAGCGGCAAGGUUGACAUGGGUUUCAAAGCUAUGAUCCAUACCCUGGCUGCCAAAGCCCGCAACUUCCCGGUGACCUCCAUUGGCUCCCUCCUAGACGAGCCCUUCACUGGAGUCGUUUACCUGAAGUCCAGCGGCAUAACCGAAGAUUUCCGCUCGCUGAAGGGCAAGCGCAUUGGCUACGUCGGCGAGUUCGGCAAGAUCCAAAUCGACGAACUGACAAAGUAUUACGGCAUGACCGCCUCGGACUACACCGCUGUCCGCUGCGGCAUGAACAUAACCAAGGCCAUCACGACCGGCACCAUCGACGCCGGCAUCGGCCUCGAGAACGUCCAAAUGGUCGAGCUGGAAGAAUGGCUCCACGCCCAAGGCCGCGACCGCAGCGAAGUCCAAAUGCUCCGCAUCGACCAGCUGGCUGAACUCGGCUGCUGCUGCUUCUGCUCCAUCCUGUACAUCGCGAACGAUGCCUUCAUCGCCGCGAACCGGGAGAAGGUUGCUGCGUUCAUGCGCGCUGUCAAGCGGGCUACGGAUGCCGUGCUGGCGGAUCCUGCAGGUGCGUACGAGGAGUACGUUGACGUGAAGCCCGUUAUGGCUGGCGCAGUCAACCGGAAGAUCUUUGAGAGGUCUUUUGCUUAUUUCUCGCGGGAUUUGAAGAAUGUGCCGCGGGACUGGAUGAAGGUUACCAACUACGGCAAGAGAUUGGGUAUUUUGGACGAGGGAUUCGAGGCGAACUGGACCAAUGAGUUCCUUUCUUGGGAACUUGAGGGUGAUUCGGCUGAUCCCGUUGGAGACCAGAAGAGGAUGGCGGCUUUGCAGAAGGAGGUUGCUAAGGAUGGAGGUUAUAAGCGGCUGGAGGUUCAGGCUACUGCUUGA